AUGGCUCAUCAAGGGAACGAGAACUCAGCUCAUGCUGAAAGCUCCACGUCUCAAACCGUCACCCAGGCGCUUCCCAUCGAGGCUCGGCGCCCUCUCUUUCCCCCGGUCAUGAACGGAUAUGGCCAAUGGGGAAAACAGAGAGGCUUCAACCUCUGCGGCGAAACUGAAAAAGACCGUCUCCACCACGUCGCUAUGCACAGCGGCUACGGCCGUUCAGAGCCACUCGGAAGUCGGCCUGGCGUGGUCCUCCACCAAGGAAUGGAUACCAAAACACCCAUUCUCGCCGCGGCGGGUUAUGAUUCUCAGUUUUCGGCGCGGCUCUACUCGUUCAACCAGACGGUGGUUUUGAUGCCGUCGCUCUUACCGGCUGCGGAGCGGACGAGUGAGUUUGAUACGGAGCAGAUGCCUGCCACGGUUCGGGGGGAACAAGUCGUGUUUUCCUUUUUUAUUGAGGUUGAUCAUGGGAAGGAGAGACAGCGUCAGAAGUUUGAGUGGAGAAAGUUUGAGAAGGGCAAGAUUGCUGCCGCUACGGAGGGCGGGUUUGAACUUGUACGGGUACUGUCUCCAGGUUCUUCCAGGGCUGGGCAAGAACCUGGUGCGUCGUCCGCUUCGUUGUCCAGUACUAGUGAAGAAGAGGAUGAGGAGUUGGGAGAGCGUUGGGCUCUCAUGGUUGUCAUCACUGCAAUUCGCCUCUGGAUCUUGCGGCUUCACGGAAAGACUAAGAAGGGCGUUAUUGUGGCUGGCCAGAAGCUUGCUAGUUCUUGA